AUGUAGACAAAAUUUAAAAUUCAAUUGAGGUUUAUUAAAGUAAUAAUUUAUUUACAGUCGAUAACAUAGACAAAUUCAACAGUUGGAUAAAGUAAGAGUGCCUACAGUUGGUAAAUACUCUAUUCUACAUAUAUCAUAACGAGAUGGCGUGCGUAGGUCAAAAUUCUGAUAUUGUCAGCGCUCGGUGCCAGGCAAUACGACAUCUCGUGAUUCUCUAUCGUUGUAGCACAACGCUGUUUGUUUCCAUGAGUCGCGUUAUGAUCGUGGAAGAUUGAUUUUCGCUCAGUAUCCACGUUUUUCAAAGCUGUUCAGUGUUCCGUAGCGAAAUGUAUUCAAUGUGCGGUGUAGUGUUUCUCGUAUACCCUUCGAAUAAAUCAAAGACAGUGUCUCGUCUAACCAUGAUCGUGUUAUAAUUUACAUAGGAGAUCUAUGACCGCUGGAUUAAGUACUUGCAGCUAUGUUCAACCUCUACACGCGAUAAGCCCGCGUGGCACAAAUUAUUGUUCCUUAUUUUCAACUUUUUCAACUUGUGAUACUAAUUACAAAUAACGACAAUAACGUUUUAAAGAUUCAUUAGUGAACCUGAUACCGACUUCGAAUUCAUGUUCCAAAGAUAGUGUAGAAAAGAAUGGCUCGUCACGGCAUCGAAAGGUCCUUGCAUUCGCCUCAAUCGAUGCACCCAGACACCUCGAGCCCUAACGCAACUGCCAUCACGGAAUUGGUACCUUUGGAAUCAGCAACAUGUACUGACAAGGUCAAUGCCAACAGUACAGGAAGUGCAUCGGAUACCGUACCGUCACCCUCGAUAUCCUCUUCCUGCGACUCCCGUAUUCCACGUCCCUCGCUCUCGAGUCUGCGCCGCUCGGCCAGUAUGCGCAUGCGCGGUGAACGAAUUUCACCUAACCAACCACCACCACCACCACCACCACCCAGUACCGCGGCGAACGCGGCCCUGAAUAGACGUUGUCAGUGUUCCCGUCGGUCUAACCUUCUGCAACACCAUCAUCUGGACCAUCAAAUUUUUCCAGUCAUCACGGAGAAUGGAAGUGAUUCACCUCGACAACGAUCUCUCAGUCUUUCAUUGACACCGGCGAGGCCGCGAUCUGGAUACGCGGCCUCUGGAGGAUCUAGUACCGGAAUUGCCGAUGACAGUGACGCGGAAAGUGUAAAAAGUUAUGGAAGUGCCUGCAGCACCGCAAGCGCCUGUGAUCAUGCUACCUUCGCUCUCAAUGGUACCACAUGGUCAGGUAGAUCAAGAAAAUACGUUGUUCAUUGUUCAAACCAUAGCGGUGACAAUGAACAAUAUCUCACGCCAACGCAGAGGGCUGCUAGACAAGUUAGAAAAUUCCAGGCUUUACUGAAAGAAGCCAAAAAAGAAAUAGAAGAAAAAGAUCAGGAAAUCUUUCGUUUAACGAAAGAAGUGGUAGAGUUAAGAUUAUAUAAGGCGGCUUUGAACAGUCCAGACGAGAGGACGGACAGCAGUGAUGCGCUUACCGUACGAGAAAAUAACCCUUUCUCACCAGAAUCACCGAGCAAAGAUUUACCAGAUGAAAGUGUAUUGCAGAAAAUUACUAGUCCAGCUACACCCGAAAAACGCGUUCAUUCUGAUUUACCUUCCUCUCUGGCGGACUCUGGUCACUUUGAAGAUGGAUCCGUCCAUUCGAAAGAUUCUGUGUUUCUACCGGAAGCGCAACAAGAGACGCAUGCUGCUACGACGACUAAGGUUCAAGAUGAGACCGCGUCAGAACCAUUUAGGUCGGCCACAGAGACUCCGGAAAGAGAUGAGGAGAGACGUAAAUUGGUUAAUUUGUAUGAAAGUAGGAUUGAAGAGAUGCAUAGAAGACACGUUGAUGAGCUGCAGGAACUGAAGCAGAAACAUAAUGAUAAGGUUGAAAGUUUACUGAAUCAAUUGGCUGAAAUAAAUACCCGUUACUGUGAAGUGAGACCUUCUGUCGACACUGCAGAGGCUCGAGCACGUGAAUUAGAGGCGGAAUUAGAGGCUGUGAAAGCGGAACUCGCUGAACAAAAGACUUUGUUAAAUGAACAAGAAGAGAGAAAUAAACAAAUGUACCUGAAAAUGUAUGCCAAAGGUCAGGAGGCUGCGCGUAUAGAACAAGCUGAUCAGAUACUAGAGCAUGCUUAUCAAACACCACCAAAGGUUACCGUCGCAGAACUACUUCAGCAAUUAACGAUUACACAGGCAGAAUUAGAAAAUAUCAAGGACACAAGCUACUCGCCUGAACCUCACAUUUCAGCCGAUCGUAGCCACAGUUUAUUAAGUGCUCAGGAGGCUGUUUCUCUCUGGCUCCUUGGCACACGUAAGGCAAUGUAUCGUCGUAUCGUAGAAGCAAGGAGUAAUCAAGGUGCCCUUGAUCCAGAGAUAACAUUACAGUUCCUAAAAUCAGCUAUCUAUUAUUUUCUAACUGACAAAGAAAAUCAUCACGGUCAUCUUAAUGCUAUCGAAAGCAUCCUGGGAUUCAGUGAAGCUGAAAAGCACAAUAUUGAUAAAAUUUACAGAUCAUCGAGAAAGUAACGCAUUAUAAAGUUUUUUAAUUAAUUUCAGUACACAGAUGAACUAACAGCAGAAGCAGUUUAUGAAUCAUGUUUUAAUCAAAUUUAACAUAUAAAUUGAGAUUUGUAUGUUUUAUUAAUUUAACAAAGUAUACCUUUUUCAUAACAUAUAUUAGCAAUUAAAUAAGUUAAUUACGAUUAAAAGGCUGAUAUCUUCCAAAAUUAUAAUACAAAUACUUUUUAAUUUACAGUUGCACGUUAAAAAUAAAAAUUAUUAAAAAGAGAAAGAUUUAAAAGCAUGCAAGGAUAAAAAUUAAUUAAAUAUCUUCUAUAUCUGUUGGUGCACUUUCGACAUAAACUGCAUAUAAAACACAAAAUUCAUUACGAAUGUAUUGAAAUAUGUAAUGUGUUUAGACUAGCGCAUUAUAAUAUAUUUAAAAAAUGUUACAGCAUUUUAUAUUGUUUUUAUUAUUUAUGAACAACAAUUUGUAGCAUUGCAGUAUUUUUAAACAUAUAUUAAGUAACAAUAUUUUAUAUAGUUUAUCUUAUUAAAUUAUGUAAUUAAGAUCUAAUUGCAGUUUCCAAAGUAUUAGAAAUGUAAUAUAAUUUUAAAUUUCAAAAAGUGUCUCGCAAAAUGUAAAAAUAUUAUGCAAAUUGCAUUAUAACAGAUCGCAUAGAGCCAAGUAUCAAAUUAAUUUUUUCUUAGUAAAAUUUUAUUAAAUUAUUGAAUUGUUUAAACAAAAUCGUGAUUCGGCAUGUAUGUAUAUAUAUCAGUAAGGAUAAAAUACAGAAAAUGAUUUAAUCUUUUGCAUUGGAUUUCAAAUUGUUAGCUGACAUCAUGUAAAAUAUUGAACAGUUUUUAUACACGCUAAUAUCAUAUAUACACAUGUGUUACAGAUUAUUAAUAUAAGUAAAUUAUAUUGAUAUCAAAAGAAAAAAAUAUGAAAGUAUCUGAGGUAAAUGUAUAUACUUUAUGUAUUCCAAUGCAAAAGACUAAUUAUAUUCACUUAUUCGUGCUAAAAAGAAAAUGUUCUGAUAAGAAGCAAAAUGUAGGUAUACAUGUGCAUAAAUUUUCAAUUUAAUUAAUCAUACGUUGCGGCACUAUUUAAAUCUUUAAAUAUGAAUUGUAUACGUAUAUCUGUUACGAAGGAAUACAUGUUAUAUAUAAAUACUAUAGUUAAUACCAGUUUGAAUAUAUAACGUCCAGAUAAGGAAACAAUUUGGAGACUGAGGGAAAAUAUCUUGCCUUUUUAUCUGCCUGUUGUGUCAAGCUAAGUGUCACGAAAGAAUAUUAUAAUGUAUUUAUGAUCAUGAAAAAAGAUUUAUAGCACAUUUAUUAUAUAUAGCUGUUAUAACUCUAUUUCACUUAUUAAACAUAUAUAAAUAUGUUGCUUAUUUCAUGGCUGUUGAGCAAUAUUUUUCCAUUGGAAAUUAGAUGUUAAAAUCCUAACUUUAUUGGAAUUAUGUUUUCAUAAUAUAAAGAAUUUAGAUAAUUUUGUGUAUAAUCAAAGGAUCCAUAUCAACACGCAGUAAUUUAAUUGUUAAUAAUUAAUAAUGCUUGGCUAGUGGGGAUGACGAGGUCGGGUGGAGCCAGAGAAAGUAUGGCGAGAUCGGCCCGAAAGGAUCUUCUACAUGAGUGUUUGAGAUUUUUAAACUCGCGUUUGAACUUCGAGCUUUAGGCUUCAGGUCGGAUCAAAAACACUUGGAUGAGAUUGGGAAGAGCCCGACGAACAUAUCUUCCGAUACACGAAAGGUCAUUCGAAACCGAACAUUCGUAUUGUAAAUAUGUAUCGAGCUCUAUAUUUCUGGUCUCCCAGCCAUUUGUGUCCCAUUCCUUACGAUCUCGCUUGAAGCUUACUACCCGCACAUCCCUCUUGGCUUAAAGUUGAAGUAUCACACUCAGGGUAAUAUUCAAUUUUUAUUUUUAUGUAUGAAAACAUAACUUCCAAAUACUUUUGUUAUCUAAAACUAUAAUUCAACCAUAUUUUAUGUACACCACAAAGAACUAAUGUGAAAAUAGAAUUUAAAGAAAUAUUCUCAUCUCGAAUUAAAACAUGUAUAUAAUUGUUCCAAGUUCCUUUCAUAUAACUGAGCCUAUAGAUUUAAGUUAAUGAUUCAGUUUCUAUAUUAAUUUAUGUAAUAAGGUUGACAUAAUAGAAACCACAUACAUGUAUUCAUAAAUGAGGGCCUUUUAUAUUUUUAUCUAUUAUACAAUUGUGUUUUUUAUAAGUAGUUCUGAUAGUUAUCUGAAAGGUGUGUAGUUAUAAAAUAUUACACUACUUGCUUCGCAAAGAUGAAUGUGUUUAAUGCUAUAAUUAUAUAACAUCACGGUUAUGAAUAAAGUCUAUAAAAUUAGCAUAUAAA